AUGAAAGACGGCGGCGACCACCUCGCUGUCCUAAUCGACGCCGACAAUGUCAGCGCCAAGCACAUCGCGGGCCUGCUCGCCGAAGUGGCCAACUACGGCACUGCCAGCGUGAGACGCAUCUAUGGCGACUGGACAAGUCCGUACAUGGCCAGCUGGCGAGCUUGUCUCCUGGAACACUCUCUCGCACCAAUCCAGCAAUUCGCCUACACCACUGGCAAGAACGCGACCGAUGGCGCGAUGAUAAUUGAUGCCAUGGACCUGCUCUACACCGGCCGAUUCUCAAGCUUCUGCUUGGUCUCCAGCGACAGCGACUUCACUCGUUUGGCUUCUCGCAUCCGGGAGCAGGGAAUCUCGGUCUAUGGCUUUGGCAACAGGCAAAACACGCACAGGGCGUUCAUCGCGGCUUGCAAUGAGUUCGUUUACCUGGAUGCCUUGCCUCUUCAAGAGCAGGAGCAGAAUCAACCUCCAGCCGCAGCUUCCCAGACACCAACGCGCGAGCCGCCGAAUGCCAUCGCAAUGCCACAAGGUCAUAGUCUCGCUCUUCCGGUACGUACAGCGCCUAUGCGUCGACCAAUCGACCAAGCUGCGCUCGAAGGAAUCAAGAACGCGAUUAGCGGCAGCAGUGCCUACGAAGAAGACUACGCAAACCUGGCCGAGGUUGGCACCCGUUUAGUCAAGCUUUCACCAGAUCUGACGCCUCGGAACUAUGGAUAUGAACGGCUCCUGCCAUUUGUGCAGGCUUCUGGAAUCGUGGAAGUGAAGAUGAAAUUAAGAGAUCCUGCUCCGGCUAUUGCUUUGGUUCGUCUCAAGGACUAG